UCGGUCGGUGUGAUGGCCGACGCCUGCGCUUACAUGACGCCCGUGAACAUGACGCCCUUUCCCAUCCUGCGCGCAGGCGGAAGUUUACUGUACUGGCUCAUCCGAUUCUCCAUGCUCAGUCUAAUCAAACAAUAAAAGACCAGUGAUAUCAGCAUCCGCCUCUAGCAUACCAUGACUGAACCGAGUCCGGCCCAGAAAAGCUCACAGCCAGGUCAAGAGAUGGCGUCAGUGAAGCUGGAGGACUGCAGUCAAACACUGGAGCUCAAUGUGAUUGUCAAAAAAGAGGAAGAGGAGGAUGAGAGAAGAACCGAGGAAGAGAACGGGGGAGUAGAACAGGAGAGGGAAGACGGUAACAUUGACUCGGUAGAUAUGGAAGAAGAGGAGGACCAGGAAGGAGGAGGUGUGGCCAACGCAGGUAAUAAGUACACUAGCCAGGGAAUAGACUAGAUGUACUAUCCCAAGACCUUAUUAUGUGAAUAUUGAUUGAUUUUAAAUUGAUUAGGUAAUUAAAAGUAGUAGUCUGCUCCAGCUGAAGACAACACAACAUGACACAACAUGACACGACAUGACACGACACAACACAACAUGACCUGACACAACAUGACACAACAUGACCUGACACAACAUGA